AUGACAUCAUCCCCGGUGGCUACGCCUCUCAAAACUAUUCAGAACUUUUCGUCGCCCCACUGGCCGUUCGACGUCAGCGAGAGCCCAACAACCGAGGAGAGAGGGAGCAACAUGUGCGGCAGCAACACCACCAGCAGCAACAUGUACGGCAGCAACAUGUACGACAGCAACAUCAGCCGCUACACCAGCAACAUUCCGCCGGCAAUCCCGAACUCUUCAAACUCACUGGCAAUAGGCGUGUCGUGUGUUUUUAAUAGGUCUAAGGGAAUUCCACGCACGCCAUUCGGUCACACUGGCGAAAAUAAUAAUAUUUUUCUGAUCAAUAUAAAAAAAUCUAGAAAAAUACGUCUCACCGAAAGCCAAUACAUGGAGGUCGAAGGCUUGCUGCAGGCCAUGGACAUGCCCACCAGCCACGAUCCGGAGGCGGAACUGGAGUCGGAGUCCACGUCGCUGUGUCGCCUGAGCCGCUACAACGUAACCAACCUGUACGAUGGGCCGGCGGCGGGCGGGGGGUCUUCAUUGGCACCCGGCCGUCAGCGCUGCUACACAAUGCCGCAUGUGCCACCGCCAGCGCCGCCCUCCACGCCCACCCUGCUGACCAGUAACGGGGGCGGCGGCAGUAGCACCUCGGUAUCCGUCUCCGUCUCGCCCACCUGCUCCGCCGGAAGCCAUCCCCUGGAUAGCCAAAGUCAGAGCCCCCUGAACCACUUCAUCUACGUAAAGAACGGCAAGAAGAACAUGCGUCGUGAAUCCCGCUGCGUCGACUCUGAGUUGUCCAAGUUGUUUAAUGUGGUGUCCAUCACGAACCGGCUUACGGCCAUCAAAAACCGCAACAGUUCCAUUCCGAAUUCAAGCGGGAUUCUGAAUACUUCGCGCACCAUAUCGAAACUUAAUGGGGCGACCACCAAGAUCUUCAAGAUUCAUCGUGAUCCCAAGGAAUUUCUGCGCGAGACAGACGAGGAUUCGGUGUCGGCGCCGGAAUACGACGAAGAGGAGGAGGACACCCGUUUCCGGUUCUUCCGGCGCGCGCGCUACUCACGCAGGUACAGCACCUCGCGAUCCAGCCGAAAAUUCGCCCGUAAGUUUGCGCGGUUCGAGCACCACGAACGCAUGGAGACCAUCGUGGAUAGUUUCGAUGCGGCCAUGAGCUUCAACGAUGCGGACACCUGAGAGGCGGAGACCACGACGAUGAAGACGAUGACGACAAGGGCUACGGCAACAGUUGAGGAUGAGGCAUGGCAGAUGGUCGGCCAACCAAUGUGAUGAAUGUGAAUUUCAACUAAAUUAUUUUAAUUGCUACAAACUACUAUUAUUACGAUUAUUAUUACCGAUUACCGAGCUGUUCUCUCCAUACGUUUAGUUUCCUUCUACGCCGAUUGCCGUGGCCUCCGGGAUACCAGCACCAUUCCUCCGUCAAUUUAAUCGGGUUUGGGUGCGGAUCACGGACGCAGCGCAGGGCACGCAUUUAGUUUAAAGCCUAGUUUUACGCCUAAGCCUCUGGGGCGGAGCAGGUGCAGCCGACCACCGACUGGUUGAUUGCUCCACGAACAGAACGAUUCCAAUAAAUGCACAAAACGUGUUGUAUUCGAGAAGAGAGAUUAA